UCGUAACUCAUUUCGCUGUUCUGACCACCCAAACCCUCACCCUUUUCCUCCUCUCUCUAUUUCGCUCUCUGUCUCUCUCGCUGUUUCCCCCAACAGUCUCUCUGCAAUUCAUCUCUGUCCAUGAAAGUUUCGAAGCCCUAUAAUUCCUGAAACCGUGAAAAUCUCCAUUUUGGAUCUCUUCAGCUUUUACUUGCAUCCUGUGAAACCCUCUUUGAGAGGUCUUUAAUUCCGUCGGUUCCUGUUUACUAUCGCGCUCGUUGCAUCCCUGUGUUUUCUUGGAUUCCUAAUUCGAGUCUUACUCUCUUUUCGAUCUACUUUCUUUGAUUUCUGACGCUUAUCUGUAGCGAUGGCCGAAGGCAAGGUUGAUCUACCGGAGAAUCUUCUUUCAUUGAAAACGGGAGAUGAGCCUUGGAGCUCUAAAGAGGAAGUCUCAGGAGGGAAUGAUGAGGGAAAGACACUUAUGGGGUUUCUUGAUGAGUCGAAAGAUCAAGCAAUAUCAGAGAGCAACAUACCUUUGUCUCCCCAGUGGCUCUAUGCUAAACCAAGCGAGACUAAAUCAGGGCUUUCUAGUGCAUCUGGGGAGGUACGGGCACAAAAUUCUUUGCCUCAUGGAAGCUCCACGGAUCCAAUUCAGAAAGAGGGUUGGCGUUUAGAUGGAUCCCAGGACAAAAAAGAUUGGAGGAGGGCUGCAACUGAUAUUGAAAGCAGUCGCCGUUGGCGUGAGGAGGAGAGAGAGACUGGCUUACUAGUUAGAAGAGACCGCAGAAAAGAAGAUCGUCGUGUUGACAGUACUGCUGAGGGUAGAAAUUUGCCUUCCUCUGAUCGGUGGCAUGAUGUAAAUAAUCGUAGUUCUGGUCAUGAAACACGACGAGACAGCAAAUGGUCCUCAAGAUGGGGUCCAGAUGACAAAGAGAAAGAAUCUCGUGCUGAGAAGAGGAUGGAAGUUGACAAGGAAGAUGCUCAUGGUGACAAGCAAUCUUUUGUUGGCAGCAAUCGUGCUGCUCCUGAGCGUGAAACUGAUUCUCGUGAUAAAUGGAGGCCACGACACCGGCUUGAAAUUCAUUCAGGUGGGUCAACUGUGUACCGUGCUGCACCCGGAUUUGGGCUGGAGAGAGGAAGAAUGGAGGGCUCAAAUGUUGGAUUUGCUCCAGGACGAGGGAGAUCAAACAUCAUAGGAAGCCUGUCAAUUAAUAGGCCUCCCUCUGCAGGUCCUAUUGGUGCUCCUUUAGAUAAGAAUGAAAAUGUACAUGGGAGAUCUGGCCUCUCUGCAGAUAUGUUUUGUUACCCAAGGGGGAAACUUCUUGACAUUUACCGUAAGAAAAAGCUUGUUCCAUAUUUUGAUGCACGACUCGAUGGGUUCGAUGAAGUACCAUCAGUAACUCAGGAAAGCUCUGUUGAGCCUUUGGCCUUUGUUACACCCGAUGCUGAAGAACAGGUUGUCCUUAAUGAUAUUUGGAAAGGAAAAAUCACCAGCAGUGGAGUUAUAUAUAAUUCAUCUCGAGACAAGAUGGGGAUAUCAAAUGAAAAUUCGGCAGGUGUUGGAAUUCUGACAUUGUCUGAGAGCAAGCAAGAAAUGGUCCUUUCUAUUGGCACCGCCGAGUCCAAUGAAUGCUUUGCAAGUGCUGCAAUCAGUGAUGCUUGUCGGAGAAAUGCUUCAGAAAUUGCUGUUUUUGAUGAAAGAGAUUCUUAUAUUGAGAAAGGUGAAAAUAAUGUUUUGGUGGUGAGGGGUGGGACACAAUCUGAUGGCUUGAGUGUGGCAGUUCCAAAGAGUAAUGAUGUUUCCAAUGCUGGAGGAUUUGGUGGUGCUCACCAUGAUGCCAAAAGUGGUGAAAAUAGGCAAUCAGAAAAUUCAGCUUUCCCCAAGCACCCUAGUUUAGGAAGCAUUAUGUCAGCUACUACUAGUUUUGAUAUUAGUAGCAAGCUUCCUGACGAUUCAAGUUCUCUGUUUGAUCUGCCUUAUGUCCAGCCAGCUUCUAGUAGUCAUGAACAGUACUUAAAGAGCAACGGUGUAGGAAAACUUUUAGAAAGGGAUGCCCCACCUGAAGAAUGGAGUUUGUACUACCGUGAUCCUCAAGGAGAGAUCCAAGGACCAUUUCUAGGUGUUGACAUCAUUUCAUGGUUUGAGCAAGGCUUUUUCGGGACAGACUUACCUGUCUGUCUGUCAGAUGCUCCAGAAGGAACACCUUUUCGAGAACUUGGGGAAAUCAUGCCACAUUUGAAGACCAAAGUUGGGCCCUUUUCUAGUUCUAAUGCGGCUAAUCAGCUUGAACCUUUUGAUGCUACCGGAGGCAGUGUGGGCUCUGUUAUAGCUUCUGCUCCUGCCCAUGCUCCUGUCUCUGCCCCUGUUAUUGUGGGUUCAGGUGGCAUAGAUGACCAGAACUGGAUGACUUCUGAAUUUGAAGGUCUUACAGGUCACAAUAUUCACUCGGUAAUGUCUAAACGUGAUAAUCCAAUGGAACCUCGUUAUUCUGAGGGUCAAAGCUUUCAUGAUUUGGUUGCAGAAGAUGAGGAAGUUGUUUUUCCUGGAAGGCCUGGAAGCAGUAGUGGAAAUCCUAUCGCAAAGCCUUCUACUAACAUUUGUGAUGUGUUGCCGAAUGCUGCCAGCCUUCCUUUUCUUUCAAAUGACUUGAUAGAAAAUACAAUGUCAAAUCACCAGGACAGCAAGUUGCAUCCUUUUGGCUUGUUAUGGUCUGAGCUUAAUGGUCCUCAUCUGAGGCGUACAGAGUCAUCGAACAUGUCUUCUGGAGUCAGCGACCAGAGCCACCUUAUGAAUUCUCUUGUUGGAAGAGAUGCACCUUCUGCCAGUAAUAAGCAGAGCUCAUUUGGUGCAGCGGUUGAUUCCUCUCUUGUUGGGGAUACAUGGUCGGAUGGCUAUAGAAGAAAUACAAUUUCAAAUGGCAAUUUACAUAAAGAUGCACUGGAUCUCCACCUAUCACACCUGGAACAAGAAUCUAAUCGUUUUGAUCUAUCUGAGCACUUGAUGUCUCAACAGUUGCAAAAGCAACCACUACAGCCGCAAAAUCUUUUGUCUCAUCCUGCUUUACACUUGAAUGAAUCAGUUCUGGAGCAGGUACCAGGUUCUGGUCUAUCUCAGAUCAGGAAUCCUAUUCGCUACCAACAGUCAGCAAUGCCUGAUUUGGAGCAUCAUUUAAAGCUUCAACUCCAACAGCAACGACUGUUUCAGCUCCAACAGCAGCAGCAGCAAUUGCAACAGCAACAACAACAACAACAGCAGCGGCAGUUUCAGCUUCAACAGCAGCAGCAGCAGCAACAUCAACAGCAACAGCAGCAACAAUCUCAAGUUCGACAGCUGCUUCUUGAACAGUUGCUGCAUCAUCAAAUGCAUGAUCCUGGCUUUGCACAAUCAUGUGUAGAUCCUGUAAGGGGUAACAACAUGCUUGAUCAGGCUUUGUACAGGCAGCAGUUCCUGCACGAACUGCAACAACAUUCCCAGCCUCUUCCUAGGCAUCUUGAUCCAUCUCUUGAGCAACUCAUCCAAACAAAAUUUGCCCAGAGUCAACAGAGAGAACGUAGAGAACAUCACAAUGAUCCAUUUGAGUUUCUAUCGCGUGCAAAGCAUGGGCAAAUGCUUUCUUUGGAGCAACAACUUCUUCUUCAGCAAGAGCAGCUGCCGGCAAGACAAUUCUCUAUGGCUUCAAGGCAGCAGACAGGGAUGGAAGAAGAGCGGCACAUUGGUGGGGCCUGGUCCGUGGAUGAAACUGGUCAGUUUGUUAGAAGCACACCAAGUCCUCAUCAGGUUCAGUCUGCGGGUUUUGGUCCAUUGGACUUCUACCAGCGACAGCAGAGGCCUUCCUCCUUUGAGGAUCAACUGAGCCAUCAUGAACGGAAUCUUGCAGUACAGGAACGGAUGCAGCGAGGGCUUUAUGAGCCCGACUCACUUGCAUUUGAGAGGUCAAUGUCUUUGCCUGCUGGGACUCCUGGAAUGAACCUGGAUGUUAAUGCUUUAUCUCGUGCUCAAGGAUUAGACUUACAGGAGCGACUCAGUCAUAUGCACCCUGGCGGUCAAGUGGGUUCAUUUUCUUCUGGUGUUCACUCUCAUCACCCACAAAUAGCAAACCAGUUUCAUGCUUCACAUUCAGAUGCAAUAGAGAGCCACUGGUCCGAGAGGAAUGGGCAGGCAGCAAAUAGCUGGAGAGAAUCCCGGAUCCAGCAAUUGCAUCUUGAAGCAGAGCAUCAGAAAAGGGAGUUAGAAUUUAAUGUGACCUCUGAAGACCCUGGUUCGUGGGCAUCAGCUGAAAUAAAUGAAAAUAAUUCAAAACGGUUAAUGUUGGAUCUGCAUCAGAAACUGGGAAUUCAUUCUAACCAGUCAUUAGAAAUGGGUGGUGGUGGUCUUACAUCACUUGAAAUAAGAGAACCCUCUUGGCUCUUUUCUAGCUCAGGCUCUUUGGAUAAUCGGAUCAAUUUUCUUGCAGACCCACAGCCUGGUCUACAGUCUGGUCUGAACAAUUCUUUUGUGGAGGGGUCUCGUGGGUCUAACUCAGGCAAUACUCUCCAGGAUCGGUUGUUAAAUGCAAGCAUGGAUGAGCAGUCUAGUAGUCUGGAAAGCAGUGAAAGAUUGUCCAUCAGAUCUAAUUCAGGAGCUUUGAUUGAGGAAGAGCAGUUUUUUCCUGGCAUAAACGAGAGUUCUCAGUCCUUUUAUGUGGACUCUAACAUUACUGGUAAAUCAUCUGUAGAUAGGGACUUAUCAGAAACUAAGGAUGGGAAGAAGGGGAAGAAGCGCUUGUCCAAAACUAAGGUUGUAACCAAGUCAGUCUCAGAGGUUCAAGAAAGUAUGGAUGAGCAAGCAGUAGUGGCUUCUGUAGAUCAUUCUCAUUCAGAUGUGCCAAUUAAUGCCCCUAUCAGGCAUAGUCUACUUGGUAAUGCUGGUGGAAAUGUGGGGCGCUACAACUAUGAGAUGGGACUGGACAGCACAUAUGGUGAAGAGAUGGCUAAGGACAGGGUAUCAUCUUUGCUAUCUAGAGGGAUGGAUAACUCCUUGGCGAAACGUCCACCUGUCUCACGUGUUUUGUCAUCUCAUGAUACGCUGUCCGAACUAGCUUCUUCCCCAUCUUUGAAAGGGAAAAUUGUGAUGAAUAUUGGUCCUCCCGAUGAGGGGAGGCGAGAUUCUGGAGGGAGUCUAGCAUGCCAGGUUUCUGAAAAUCCUGCAUCUGGUAAGAAAGAUGUGCGUUUUCGGCGGACAUCAUCUUGCAGCGAUGCAGAUACAUCAGAGACCUCAUUUAUAGACAUGCUUAAAAGCAGUGCUAAGAAGCCUGUGUUGCCAGAGUCAGAUACAAUGGCUGGAGCAUCAGAGACAUCCGACGGCAGUCAAGGGAGCCGGAGUGGUAAAAAGAAAGGGAAGAAAGGGAGGCAAAUUGACCCUGCUCUCCUUGGUUUCAAGGUCUCUAGCAAUCGAAUCAUGAUGGGUGAGAUUCAACGUCUCGAAGAUUGACCAAUCAUCUGGUUGAGUUCCUAUAUUUUUUUUGGGCUGCCCAUACCCCUUCAAACUGUACAGGCCUGCAUCUCUCAUGUAAAGCAUUGGCAGGUAAGAGUAUUCUUUAAUUUGUUUCCAUUCUCUUUUAUCCUUUCAUGUCGGGCAACUGCCUGAUUCAAUUUUGGAAAUCGAGGGAGCCCAGAAAGAGUGAUGUAUUGUAGUUUGAAGAGAAAGCUUUGUAUAGAUGUCAAAAAUGUUUAUAGGAAGAUUUAAUAAUGAAGAAAAUGGUGGUCUUAAACAACUAGUUUUCUUUUG